CUGCAAAAAUUAUCGACUGUCAAGUUUCUUCGCCUCUGCUGCUAGUAUAGUUUUUUUUCACAUUAGUCAUCGUAGCAGAGAAUUUUACAAAAUAAAAAGAAAGAAAAUUUCCAAUCGAAACCAUUUGCAAAACAAAAAUUACACCAAAAUACACUUGAAAAAUCUAAUCAAAACCAUUUCGCCAAAUCGUAACACCACCAAAUACCAAAAAAACAUAAACAAACAUUGAAAAAAGACCCAGCGCAGCGCCAGCAGCAGAACCCCCCGAGUUUUCCAAAAAGUGUAUACCCCCAAUAGAAAAGACACGAAGAAGAAAAAAAUGCAAAAAUAUAAAAAAGGCCACUGAGAAACGAAAAAACACGAAGACGAGAAAAAAUAAAACACCACCAUUCUCAUGUGUGCAUGUUAAUUGCUCAUUUUUGUUCUUCAUUUUUUCGCCCAUAUCUUGUUCUUCGCCAGCGCAAAACGAUAAAGCAAACAAAAAUUAGAAAUUAAAAUAAGAAAAAUAAUAAAAAAAAAAAACAAAAAAACGUAAAAACCACUCCGAUUGCGCUCUACAUGGCACAAGAAAUAGAAAUUCUACACAAAAUUCUAUAAAUAGCUGGACUUUUUCGGUUUUCCGUUGUUUUUUUCUCUGAUUCUCGAUUCUUGAUACUCGGUUCUCGCUCGCCCGAAAGCAAAACGUUAACGCUCGCGCUAGCGGUACGGUAACUAGAAGAGCAGCUAGCAGCAGCGCAGCAGUAGCAGUCUCUACAGCAGGCCAGCAGUGUUAGGAAGCCGCCUUUUUGAUCGUUGUCGUCAUCGCCAUCGUUCCGUCGUCGUCGUCGUUGUAGUUCCCGUGGUCGUGUUUAGAAGAGCAAAAGGUUGGUGAGGUUCGAAGUCCCCCCUGCGAGGUGAAUUAACAAAAAUGUCUUCGAAUAAUCAAUCGAGCCAAAACCAGGCCAACAGUAAUCAAACGCAGCAAUCUCAGCCAAAACAGUCAAACAGUCAAAAUGAUCAGCAGCAGCAAUCUAGCGCCGCCGCCGCCGCUGCAGCAUCACAGAACUCUAACUCUAGCCAACAGAGUCCAACCAAAAAGUCUGCACUCCCGACGCCCACCCAAAGCACAAAGGAUCGUGUAGUGGACACCGUGCCAUUCCCUCCCAGUCACAAGCUGACCAUGUCGGAGGUGUUCGAUGCCCGGACUGGCAAGAUUCAGCACGAAGUACUUAAGCAGCAUUUCAUCCUUGAGGGCCGCAUCGAGGACGGACCAGCGAUGCGGAUAAUCCAAGAGGGAGCCACUCUACUGCGCUCGGAGAAGACCAUGAUUGAUAUUGAGGCCCCAGUGACAGUGUGUGGAGACAUUCAUGGCCAGUUCUAUGAUCUGAUGAAGCUAUUCGAGGUAGGCGGGUCGCCGUCCACCACGAAGUAUCUCUUUCUCGGCGACUAUGUGGACCGAGGCUAUUUCAGUAUUGAGUGUGUGCUCUAUUUGUGGGCCCUGAAGAUCACGUAUCCCAACACGCUGUUUCUGCUGCGUGGCAACCACGAGUGCCGCCAUUUGACGGAGUACUUCACCUUCAAGCAGGAAUGCAAGAUCAAGUACUCAGAACGCGUCUACGACGCUUGCAUGGAUGCAUUUGACUGCCUGCCGCUGGCGGCACUAAUGAAUCAACAGUUUCUGUGCGUUCACGGCGGGCUGUCUCCAGAAAUCCAUGAUCUGGACGACAUUCGCCGAUUGGAUCGGUUCAAGGAGCCUCCAGCCUUUGGGCCUAUGUGCGAUCUGCUUUGGUCAGAUCCGCUAGAGGACUUUGGCAAUGAGAAGAACUCGGACUUCUACACACACAACUCGGUGCGUGGUUGCUCGUACUUCUACAGCUAUGCGGCAUGUUGUGAUUUCUUGCAGAACAACAAUCUGCUCUCGAUUAUUCGGGCACAUGAGGCGCAGGACGCCGGCUAUCGCAUGUACCGCAAGAGUCAGACCACUGGUUUCCCAUCGCUCAUAACAAUCUUCUCCGCUCCCAAUUAUCUCGAUGUGUACAACAACAAAGCGGCCGUUCUCAAAUACGAGAACAACGUGAUGAACAUCAGGCAAUUCAACUGCUCGCCCCAUCCGUAUUGGCUUCCAAAUUUCAUGGACGUCUUCACCUGGUCGCUGCCAUUUGUUGGCGAGAAAGUCACGGAGAUGUUGGUUAACGUCUUGAACAUCUGCUCCGAUGACGAACUGAUGCCAGAGAGCGAAGAUGGCGCUCUUGUGGACCCAGACGAAGCCGCCCUCCGAAAGGAGGUCAUUCGCAACAAGAUCCGUGCAAUUGGCAAGAUGGCGCGAGUAUUUUCCGUACUGCGCGAGGAAUCCGAAUCGGUGCUACAGCUGAAGGGUCUCACUCCAACAGGUGCUCUGCCACUUGGCGCCCUAUCCGGCGGCAAGCAGUCCCUCAAGAAUGCCAUGCAGGGCUUCUCACCAAACCACAAAAUCACAUCGUUUGCCGAAGCCAAGGGUCUCGAUGCUGUCAAUGAGAGGAUGCCACCGAGACGCGAUGGCGGCGCCGGCCCAACUCCCUCGCCCGGAGACGAAGCUAAGUCAAUAGCUGCCGCAGCGGCUGCCAAUGCCAGCAAUGUUGUUAGUGGAUAAUUUGGUAAAUAGUCAUUAAAAAAAAACAAAAGUUAUUUAAAAAAUAAAUAUAAUUAACUCCGCUUCCGGAGAUUAUGAUAAAAAAAAAUAAAUCUUAAAUCAAAUACAAGUCGAAACAAAAUAAAUACAAAAACAAAAAACAAAAAAAUUAUCGUCCUAAAGAAUCGUCGUUAUCUAUCAUUAUCGCUCGGCAUUUCACCCACACUCACACAUACUUUAUAUACAAACUAAGCAACAACAACAAUUCCUUUCUUUCUUAAGAGAAUACAAAAUAAUUAAAAAGAAAAACAACAAAAAAAUGAACAAUCUUAUUCGAAUCUUAGUUCUUAAAAAGAAAUAAAAUAAAAUUUAAACAAAACAAAAAAAAAACAACUGUUAAUAUAAUUAUAUUCCUAUAAAUUUCGCCUGUUUUUAUUUUUUAUAUUUUUUGUUGAUUUUUAUUAAAUAUAAUAUUAAUAAAAAUAAAAAAAAACUAUUUAUAUAUACAACUUUUUUUAAUUUUUAAUAUUAUAAUAUAUCGUAGUUGUUAUUCUAUUGUUAAUUUUUUUGUUCUUAUAUUUCACUUUAUCUCUAUUUCUAUCUCUUUCUCUUUUUUUCUAUAGAGAAACUGAAUUUAUUAUUAAACAAAAAAGAAGAAAACAAAAAAGUUAUUAUUAUAUAUUAGAGUAAGUUUAAAAUAAUAAUAAAUAAUAAAAAAAAUAAAAUUUUUUGAAAAAUAAAAAUAAUUUUUGAAAUUUUCUUCUCAAAUCACAAAAUAAAUUUAAAAAAAAAAACAGAAACACUCACACAUACUUAGUCAAAAUAAUUAAAAUAAUACAAACAAAAUAAAAAUAAGGAAGGAAAUUUCAACACCUUAACAGUGUUUGCCAAAGAAUAUUUAACAAAAUACAAUUUUCUCCUUAAAAGUUAAUCUCGAAACCAAAAAAAAAAAUAAAAAUAUAA